UGGUGAGUCGGGGAUAAACACUCCGCGGCGGUGGCGGCUUCUCUGCCCCGGGUUCUGUCACGGCAUCGGAGGUGCCCAGCUCACUGACCCCCUCCCCCUCCUGACGAGCGUGGUUGCCCAAGAGGCUCCUUCAGUCCAGCUCAGCGGGGUCCACCCCGAGGUGCGGGUGUCCGGCGGCGAGCCCGUGGGCAGUGGGGGUUGGUCCCGUGGCUCCGGCCCCCGUGCAGAAUGGCGACGGCGGUUCGGAUGAACAUCCAGAUGCUGCUGGAGGCGGCCGACUAUCUGGAGCGGCGGGAGAGAGAAGCUGAACAUGGUUAUGCCUCCAUGUUACCAUACAAUAACAAGGACAGAGAUGCCUUAAAACGGAGGAAUAAAUCCAAGAAGAAUAACAGCAGUAGCAGAUCAACUCAUAAUGAAAUGGAGAAGAAUAGACGGGCUCAUCUUCGCUUGUGCCUGGAGAAGUUGAAGGGGUUGGUGCCACUUGGGCCUGAAUCCAGUCGACACACUACACUGAGUUUAUUAACAAAAGCCAAAUUGCACAUAAAGAAACUUGAAGAUUGUGACAGGAAAGCCAUUCACCAAAUAGACCAGCUUCAGCGUGAGCAGCGACACCUGAAGAGGCAGCUGGAGAAGCUGGGCAUUGAGAGGAUACGGAUGGACAGCAUCGGCUCCACAGUCUCCUCCGAGCGCUCGGACUCGGACAGGGAAGAAAUCGACGUGGAUGUGGAAAGCACAGACUAUCUCACGGUGGAUCUGGACUGGAGCAGCAGCAGCGUGAGUGAUUCUGACGAGCGGGGCAGCAUGCAGAGCCUGGGCAGCGACGAGGGCUACGCCAGCUCCGGCAUCAAGAGAAGAAAGCUGCAGGACAGCCGCAAGACGAGUCUUGGGCUAUAAGCGCGCCCGCCCGCCCACCUGCCCGCCCACCUGCCCGCCCGCCCACCGGCUGCCUCCAGGAUGGCCGUCCUGUCCGUGUGGAUCUGAUUAGGUAGUGUAUGGGACCUGCCCACAACGCCCUUGCACGUCAACUUCAGUGUACCACCUUUACCAAAUCAGCUUUGUAAACGUUUUCAAGGAAGUACGUAAGAUUGUGGGUUUCUGAUUGCAUCCACUAGCUUCUCUCUCUCCAUAAAAAUUCUACUGAGAGACCGUACAUUCCAAUCAAUUCAAAGCACCCAAGAGUUCUUAGAACCAAGUAAGCAAUUGUCACAUCUCAGCCACUUCCCCCUCUCCUUUACUGUCCUCAUAUAGUUCAAGUUUUCUGGCUUACUGUGUUACUUGCCUAGGAGAAGUGUCCAAGUGUGUCUCGUGCUUAGGAAACUGAAGGAAACAAACUUUUCAAAAUUGAGACCCCGGUCUCAGACUCCAAAGUAAGCUUUGAAAGCAGAAUUUAAGAGCACUUAACCACGGACCUCACCAGUGAGGAAGUCAGGAAUACCUCCAGCCAACACCCUCCACGCCCCCAGCAUCCCACCCAGCCGCCGCGCGUGGAGGGGAGCAAUGUUCUCACUUAAACCGGACACCUUGGCAGCGUGGCCCCGGGGCCGCACAGCUUAGAAAGUUCCAGCACUGUGUGUUCUCGCAGACGACACGGUACAAUCUCUGUGUGCUGUCCCUGGGACCUCGCUGUGUGCUGCAAUCUCAAGGCACAUCCCCCCUCGGGUUUGUUAAUGCUACUUGUCUCUGGAACUUUUUUUUUUUUCCUACCUCAGAGAUAAACAAGAUCUCCAUUUCCCACUUAGCAAAAGUGAUUAUGCCUCUUUUUCCCCCCAAAUAAGUGAUAUUUGGUCGAAUUCCAAUCUCUUUUCCUAUGUAACCUUCAGCAAUAACUCAGUUUAGGCACUAGCUGAGCUAGUGGCCAUUGCCAGUGAAAGGAAAGUCCACGUUGCCACUCCGCGUUGUAGGGGACAGGAGGGGUUGCACAGUGUCACUAGAGUCUCUCUAUUGAUGGCUUCUUUUUGGAUACACCUGGAAACUUCUUUAGGGAGGCUUUUGGGUUGACAGUUUAAAAGCCUGAUUUUUUUUUUUUCUUUUGGGUUAUGGUUAUGAUUUCUCCCUAAAGUGGUCCCCCACUUUGUAGCAUUUUUAUUUAAGCUAAAACAGAGCACAUGUAUAUGUACAUAAGACACAUUAAAUCUAUAAAUACUAUUUAUUCAUUUUAUAUAAACUAAUGUAAUGGAAAAUAAAUUCUUAUGACUUUGUGCUUUUAUAGAUGUUCUAGAAACUUUGUAUGCAGGUAUCUACAAAAUUGGUUCAUCCCCCUUAAUAUUUUUGCAUUCAUAUUUUUGAGGUCUUGAUGUUUUCAGCCUCUUGUGACUCUUUUUCAUCAAGUUUGAACCAUUUAUAAAAAAUCUGUGACGCUGAAGCAGAGUGUGUGUCACACAGCGAUGGAACAUUCCUAAAAUCCACAGAUGCACUGCGACCUAAGGGCUCAAUGGCUGACUCAGCAGCGGGUGGCCGCCCUGCGCUGCCCUCCCGCCUGCGGUCACUCGGUCACUCGCACACCACAGCCUCGCAACUUACGCAGGCUCUACUCUUCACAAGUCAAGUUCAGACGCGCUCACCGGAGCUCGUUCUCUACAUGAAGAUCAAUCUAAACAAAGCAAGAUCACUUUUGUGGGUUGGUAUUUUUUUUAAUGAUUCUUUUAUGUCUGAAAAAAUUUAUUUUUUUAAUUGGAAGUUGUG